AUGGGGGAUACGCUAAAGAGGGAGGAGUUUAGUGGAGACAUGAACAUGGUCUCGCCGUCAGGGGGAAGCUCAUGGGAAAAUGUGCGGACUGAAGUGGUUUACCGCAAGGUGGAGGAUGAAAAAGCACAAAUAUUUGAGUCUUUCCUUUGGGUGUAUUUAUUCUGGGAUAUUGAAGGUUUGAGCUGGGAUCCUGUUGAAUGUGGAACGGACAGAAUCUCACUGCCUAGACAAAGUCUGUGGAUGCCUGAUAUUGUCAUUAAUGAAUUUAUGGAUGAAAACAGAGCCCCAGACACAUAUUACCUCUACGUCACUAAUACUGGUAAAGCAAUGGAUGAUCUACCAAUUCGUGUCACCAGUUCCUGCAAUCUGGACAUCUACACCUUCCCAUUCGAUAUUCAGAAUUGUACAUUCACUUUUAACUCCUACAAACUCUAUGUGGAAGAUAUUCAGAUGUUCUUUGCUGAGCAAGUGGACGUCACACUCAGAAAUUCUCUAGAUGUGAUGACGACUAAAGGGGAAUGGGAACUAAUAAAUAUGCUUUGUGAAAAGAGUGUGCUCCCAAUUGAGAACAUGAAUACUUCAUUCGAUUUGCUCAUAUACCAUAUCAUUCUUAGGCGCCGACCCACUAUGUACAUCGUGAACCUCUUGAUUCCCAGCUGCUUCCUUAUAGCUGUGGAUCUGUUCAGUUUUCUUCUGCCACCUCAGAACAUGGAUCGAUCGGCCUUUAAAAUGACUCUUAUCUUGGGUUACACCGUAUUCCUGCUGUUGAUGAAUGACCUGCUGCCUGCCACAGGAAACAACUUGCCUCUUAUAAAUGCCUUUUUCUCUCUCUGCUUGGCGCUGAUGGUGGCGAGUCUACUGGAGACUAUUGUCAUCACCAAUAUUCUGUGUGGUUCCAGUCGAUACCCGCCUUUACCUCAGUGGGUCAAAGUCCUUUUCCUCGACUACAUCGCCAGACUUGUUUGUUUGAGCAAGAGUGACCAAAACUUUGAUCUAGAAGGUGAGUUUAACUAG